AAUCGUGAAGAUGCGCAGAGAACCGGCGAGUGAAUCAUUUAUCCAUUAAUAGUUCAGAAUACGCAAAAUUGCUGCCCGUCCGACGAAAUCAUCAUGCAACACUGACGGUGUCGUACGAGACACAGUCAGCAUGUCAGUUUUCGUGAAAAUUGAAAUUAGUCAGUACAUUUCGCGGUGAAGAGAUUAUUUCUUUCGGAGUGAGAGAAAGUUCUUUUCUUUUUUCACAAGUUCUCUCUCUCUCUCUCUCUCUGAUCGAAAGUGCCGUCUCUAUCUUAUCGACGGAAAUAGUGACAGCCCUGUUUCAUCGACGGAGCGGGCGAUCGGGCGAUAGUCAACGGAGUAUCGGCGUACGUACGGAUGACAAAUCUGUCGCGAUCUGUCCACAGUGCCCGAUUAUCGUUAUCAUAACGUACGUUGGACGUGAGUCUUCCUGCCCGGCGCAAUAAUGAUUUUGCUCGAGAUACACAAUAGGAUACUUGAAGAAACGUUAACGAACAAAAUCAAGAAUGCCUUGUCGGGACACAAGCAGGAGUCGACAGACGUCGUCAUAGCAGAUUUUGACGGAGUGUUGUUUCAUAUUUCAAACCUCAGCGGUGACAAGUCAAAGCUUAGAAUAAGUAUCCUGCUCAAAUUUUAUAAACAAUUACAAGAACAUGGCGCGGAUGAGCUGCUUAAACGAGAAUACGGGUCUCAUCUUAUUGCACCGGAGAGUGGUUACAAUGUAUCAGUACUCAUAGAUCUGGAAAAGUUACCAGAGGACUGGGAGGCAUUAGUGAGGAAAGUUGCAUUGCUGAAGAGGCACUGCUUUGCCAGUGUUUUUGAGAAGUACUUUGACUUUCAAGAAGAAUACUUUGAUUCUCCAGGCAGGCCGUUGCAGAAGAGGGCGGUUAUUCAGUAUAGGGAUGAAGAGACAAUGUAUGUGGAGGCUAAGAGCGACAGAGUCACAGUGGUAUUCAGUACAAUAUUUAAGGAUGAAGACGACAUGGUUAUUGGCAAACUGUUCUUGCAAGAAUUGAAAGAGGGCAGGCGGGCAAGUCACACCGCACCCCAAGUAUUGUUUAAUCAUCGCGAGCCACCGUUGGAGUUACAGGAUUCUGAAGCAGCUGUAGGAGAUUGCAUCGGCUACAUUACAUUCGUACUGUUUCCACGUCACACUAACCGGGAGGCUCGCGACAAUACUAUCGACUUGAUACACAUGUUUAGAAACUAUUUGCACUACCAUAUUAAGUGCAGUAAAGUUUACAUCCACUCCAGAAUGCGUACCAAGACAACAGAUUUUCUCAAGGUGCUGAAUAGAGCAAGAUCUCAGUCUAAGAAUACUGAGAAGAAAACUAUCACGGGACGAACGUUUAUCAGGAAAGAAUGAACAUGCUAGAGAGACAAAAGUGUUAUCACUUCCUAAAGAAGGAGAGAGAGAGAAAGAGAAGGAUUAUCGCGCGUAGUGCGGUCAAAAAAACCAUUGUCUGUCACGUGCGAGAUUCCCCACGUUGGCAUUCCUUGAUUCGCGCUAUCAGCAGUGCUUCGGACCUUUGAGUUUCAACCAGUUAAUUGAACAGUGCCCUAGGAAAUAUUUAGCGUCUCGUUAAGUGGGUGAGAAGAGAAGAUAAGAUGAUCGUACUUCUCGUCUCAUCGUCAACUUAUUCAGUAUGACGCGUCCCGAGAAGGGAGGGAAGAUAUUCGAAGAUACCGAAGUUACUGUAUCUGCGUACCAACGGUGCUAGCGAGUAUCGGUCGUUGCAAAAGGUUUCGUCGGUCUUCACAGUGAUCUAGGAUUCAAAGAUAGUAGCGCUGAAACUUGAAGGAGAAGCUUUACGGAUUCGGUUACUUAUUACGCUGGUUGUUAUCUCGAACAAUUUAUCAUACGUUAUGACAUUCUUCCAAUUGCGUCAUGUACUCCGUGUGCGAGUACAUGAAAUGCGUAUUAGUGUUAUGGCGACUGAUACACCGCGCUGCGAGACAUCCACGAGAACUUGGGCGGACAGGCAUGAGAUACAUACAUUAAAGAUACCUAGAAAUUCAAUUAAUUGUCGAACUUAUCGAGUCUGUGAUUUUAUACCGUUUCGAAGUUUCCUCGGAGCAGCGUUAAUUCGAACGGGCAUGGAAGCGGUAUAUCGAUAGAAACCAGAUGAUGAUAAGUAACGGAAUGAUUAAACAAACACUUUUACUUUCCACAUAGCAUUUCUCAUCGCGACGAACGAAUCACCGAGCGAGCCAAGUAUUGUUAAAUAGCUCGAUUGUUUCCUCUUAUAAUAUUUUUAUCGUCUCUACUUUAUCGCUAUACAUUUUUGGCUAUUGUGAAAUAAUAAAACGUCAUUAACAAUCCA